UCUCUACCAAUCACUUGUGGGAAGUUCCCUGCCAGUGCUGGGACCAAUACACAAGUGGUCCCUUCUCUAGAGCCCAGGCACACUCAUUCUCCUGCAUACAAGCAAAUCCUUCAAAGACUGAACAUGAGAACAGAUACGAUAGAGAGCAAUAACACCAAAUCCAGCGCUCCCCUCCUAACCCAAAGAUACCUGAGAAUGGUCACAAAGGAUGGACACAGCACGCUCCAGAUGGAUGGGGCACAAGGACAAGGUCUGGCAUACCUCCGAGAUGCGUGGGGAAUACUAAUGGACAUGCGCUGGAGAUGGAUGAUGCUUGUAUUUUCUGCUUCUUUUGUCAUUCACUGGCUAGUUUUUGCAGUGCUUUGGUAUGUGCUGGCUGAGAUGAACGGGGACCUGGAGCUGGACCACGAUUCUCCACCUGACAACCACACUAUUUGCGUCAAGUACAUCACCAGUUUUACAGCUGCAUUCUCCUUCUCCCUGGAGACACAACUCACCAUUGGUUAUGGUACUAUGUUCCCAAGUGGGGACUGCCCCAGUGCUAUCGCCCUGCUUGCCAUACAGAUGGUCCUAGGGCUCAUGCUGGAAGCCUUCAUCACAGGUGCUUUUGUGGCAAAGAUCGCCCGACCAAAGAACCGCGCCUUCUCCAUCCGCUUCACUCGCUGCGCCACAGUGACACACACAGAGGGGAAGCCGUACCUGAUGUUUCAGGUGGCUAACACACGCUCCAGCCCACUCACCAGCGUCCAGAUUUCUGCUAUUCUCUACCAAGAGCAGGAGAACGGUCAGCUGCACCAGACCAGUAUUGACUUCCACCUAGACAGCAUUACUUCGGACGAGUGCCCUUUUUUCACCUUCCCUCUGACCUACUACCACUCCAUCACCCCAUCCAGCCCACUGGCUGCUCUCCUCCAAAGAGAGGCUGCUCGCCACUUUGAGCUGGUCGUCUUUCUGUCAGCGGUGCAGGAAGGCACAGGAGAGAUGUGUCAGAGGAGGACGUCCUAUCUCCCCUCAGAGAUCAUGCUGUACCAUCGUUUCGCCCCUGUGCUUGCCCGCAGUGCCAAAGGUGAAUAUCAGAUCAAGAUGGAGAAUUUUGACAAGACAAUUCCUGAGCUCCCAGCUGCAGCUGAUUCAAUGAAUCCAAGGAGGACUGCCAAGGAGAUCCGCAUCAACGGACAGCAUGUCGACAGCUUCCAGCUCUCUGAGACUGGCCUCACAGAAUAGGCGGGACAGACUUUGGACUUUGUGCCUUUUUUAAUUAUUAUUACACUAAACUCUGAGGUCACAUCGACAACCUUCCUUCCUUGCCUGCAAUCUUCUAAUAAUUUCUCCUGUUUUCCUCCUUCUGAUUACAACACAAUAUGCAAAGCAAAGCAAACUGGUGUGCCCAUGUAAGCUUGGCUGAGAGGCUGGAUCGACCACCUAGGACAAAGGCAGGUACAAGAUUCACAGCACUGCUUCUGGGAAACUAGAAGAACUACCGGCUGAAGUCACCGAUUAAAGUUGUGUGACUCGGAAAGGAGAGACUUCCAAAGCUGACCAAAAUCCUAACUAAUCAGCUUGUGACAAAACUGGACAGCAAAAAUACAAGAGAAAAAUCUCACACAAAACCAAUAUGCAGUCAUUCAGUCAAUACAUCAACCCUUGGACAAGCAAUUCAGUUGAUUCAAGACCCUGAUUUUUCAGUUAUUUUCACUCUCUGCGAGAUACUUGGUUAUGUCUGAUUUCAGAGGGAUGAACUUACUCUUAGGAAGUAUUGCCCACCUCUCACAGCAGUGAGAAGUACCCCUGCUGUGCUUGCUUAUUAAGGAGAACUGUAAAUACUAUCUGUAGUUUUUUGUUCCAUCAGAUAUGAGGAGAACUCAUCUCCUCAUCGGUCUACGAAGACAUUAUCAAGAAAUCUUGAUGUAUAUGGCAAAUACUGACUGGAAAUUUUUUCACAUUUGGAAACACCGAAUAAAUUAUUUAGCAGUGGAAACCAGA